GGCUUAAGAGAGCACACAAGUACGCAGUAGAGGAAAUAGGAGUAGUUUACAAGCGGCAAAUAGGAAGAGAUCGAUCCAAGACGAUGGCCGGCGAAGGAGACGACGUCAAGCUGCUGGGCGCGGCGGUGAGCCCGUUCGCGGUCCGCGUGCGAAUGGCGCUGCACCUCAAGGGCGUGAGCUACCAGUACCUGGAGCAGGACCUGUUCGACAAGGGUGAGCUCCUCCUCGCCACCAACCCGGUGCUCAAGAAGGUCCCCGUGCUCAUCCACGCCGGCAGGCCCGUCUGCGAGUCGCUCGCCAUCGUCGAGUACGUCGACGAGGUCUGGGCUGACGGCGCCUCGCUCCUCCCUGCCGACCAUUACGGCCGCGCCGUAGCCCGCUUCUGGGCCGCCUACAUUGAUGACAAGCUGUUCCCCGCAUGGAUAAGCAUCUUACGUGCCGCCACGGAGGAGGACAGAACCGAGAAGCUCGAGGACGCGCUCGCGGUGGUCGGGCCCAUGGAGGACGCCCUCGUCCAAUGCUCUGGUGGGAAGGACUUCUUCGCCGGCGACUCCGUCGGGUACCUCGACCUUGCGCUCGGGUGCAACCUCUUCUGGUUCAAGGCGUUGCGAGAGAUGUUCGGCGUGACGGUCAUCGACGCCAGCAAGACUCCGCGCUUGGCCACCUGGGCUGAGAGGUUCGAGCAGACGGAGGCAGGGAAGGAGGCGGCCCCGCCCAUGAAGAGUAUGGUUGAGCACGCCGGGAAGCUGCGGGCUAUGUGGGCUGCUGCUGCGGCUACCAAGUAAUAAUUUAGUGGCAAGCUCGGAGGAGUUUCUUGAUUCGCUUGGCCUCGAGUUGGGUUUUGUUUGUCUAUAAAGGUGGUCAAUGAUUUUUUUUAAUUAGUUUACUUAUUAUUAAAGAUUUUUAAAUUUUACUUUUCUGCAUUGUGAUCUGUCCAGUAUGCAAUAAAAUGACCAUUUAUAUU